CCGACUGCCCGAAUUAUGUCGCAUUAUUAUGUUAUGUUUUGUGAGCGAAUGUGUUGCGGUUACAUAUACAACCGAUUUGUGUAAAAUAUUUAUUUUGUUAAGUGCUAGUAAUAAUAAAUAAUGGCAUUGCAUAAAUAUGCUACCACACCAAUAUAAACUUAAAACUAAUUGCCAGUAUAAGUGAGAUUAUUUAAGACAAAUUUGUGAAAAUGAUUGGUAGCGACGGUUAUAUAGACGGCUCUUGGAAGCUGAAGGUUUUUGUGACAGACCUAGGAGUAGAACGCGAACUACGAGUUAAAGGAGAUUUACAUAUUGGAGGUGUUUUAUUGAGACUUGUCGAAGAUUUAGGUAUUGCUAUAGAUUGGUCAGAUCACGCGUUAUGGUGGCCAGCAAAAAAUCGGUGGUUGACCAGGACAAGAUCUACUUUGGACCAAUGUGGAGUUCAAGGAGAUUCGUUACUUCAUUUGACACCUAUGCACAAAAAUUUAAGAGUACAGUUACCAGACCUUCGAUACUUGGACCUAAGAGUAGAUUUCUCAGUGCAAACUUUCAGUGCAGUUGUGGCAUUGUGCAGAGAUCUAGAUAUCCGUCACCCGGAAGAACUUUCCUUCUGCAAGCCCCUAGAACCACAACAUCUCAAAAAGAAUUUCCAAGAUCUUCCAAGGAAGAAGCAUGAACAAAAUGGUACUGUUGGAAAUGGUCAUUUACCAUUGGACACAAAUACCUUCAUAGCAGAAAGUCCGCGUGGUUCUAAUGGUAGCCUCAAUAAUGGUGAUUCGCGCCUGAUGUGCGCUCCUGUGACGCCCCAACGAAGUGCAGUCUCUCCGCCUCCCAGACACACGCCUAUCAGCUCACCUACAACUCCUGCACAAUGGCCGUAUUUUAAUGGUGCUUUAAACGGAACGACAUCUCCUACAGGAAACGAAUCACUAGGCAUAUCUUUAGCCAGUAGUCCUGCGACACCGAGCCAUGAGGCCCGAUCAAAAAUGUUACGACCCAAGACUUUAGUUGAACGUGCUCGUCUCAAUGUGGGGUGGUUGGACUCAUCAUUGUCUAUCAUGGAACAAGGUGUUCGUGAAAAUGAAACUCUCUGUUUGCGAUUCAAAUUCUGCACUAUUUUCGACUUGAAUCCAAAAUACGAUAGUGUACGAAUUAAUCAAUUAUAUGAGCAAGCACGAUGGCAAUUACUUAAUGAAGAAGUCGAUUGCACUGAAGAGGAAAUGUUGAUGUUUGCUGCAUUACAAGUUCAAGUUGGAAUGCAAGCACAUUUACCACAACCAAAUUUAGAUACCACUGAUGCAACAUCACCUGGGGAAGAUGAUAUAGACGCAGCAUUAUCUGAAUUACAAAUUACGCUGGAAGGUCCUACUGGCAUUUCAAAUAGCUCCGACAUCACACAAGUUCCUGAACUUUCAGACUAUUUAAGAUUUUUGAAGCCCAAACGAUUUUUACCAAGUUCAUAUAAAAGAUAUUGGUUUACAUGUCGCGAUUUACAUCUAUUUUUGUAUAAAACCAAAGGAGAUUCAAAUCCUGCUUUACACAUUAACCUACGAGGUUGUGAAGCGUUACCUGAUGUUAACAUCUCAGCUGGAAAAUUCGGAAUUAAACUAUCGGUACCAAAUAAAGAAGAUGGCAUGACUGAAAUGUGGAUAAGAUGUGAUAACGAAACUCAAUAUGCGAAAUGGAUGGCUGCUUGCAGAUUGGGAUCCAAAGGAAGAUCUCUAGCAGACAGUAGUUAUGAAACUGAAGUGGUUGGUAUUGAAGCAUUUUUGGCAAUGCAAAGACCUGCUCCUCAGCCAGUCUUGAAUCCACAAGAUUUAGAUAUUUCUGUCGAAGACUAUGUUGCACCGAGGUUUACAAAGAAAUUGAAGGGAAAGCUUACACAAAGGAUAUUAGAAGCACAUGCUAAUGUUACUGAUCUAAAUCUUAUCGAAGCUAAAUUGCGCUAUAUAAAAGCUUGGCAAAGUUUACCUGAUCAUGGAGUAACAUUAUUUGUUGUUAAAUUUAUGGGACAUAAGAAAGAAGAGUUAUUAGGUGUUGCAUCCAAUAGGCUAAUGAAAAUGGAUAUCAAUACUGGUUAUUUAAUUAAAACUUGGAGAUAUAAUACAAUGAAGGCAUGGAAUGUAAAUUGGGAAGUUAAACAUAUGAUGGUUCAAUUCGAAGAAGAAAACAUAAUAUUUUCAUGCUUAUCAGCAGAUUGCAAGGUGAUCCAUGAGUUUAUCGGAGGUUACAUAUUUAUGUCAAUGAGAUCUAAAGAUGCAAAUCAACAGUUGAAUCAAGAAAUGUUCCAUAAGUUAACGGGUGGCUGGUCAUAGUUACCUAUACAAACAAAUUAUUUAUUCAGUCAAUUAACUUAUAUUAUGAUUAUAAAGUAAAAAGUUUUAUAAUUCAUAAACUUCAACAAUUACCUUAAUGCCUUAAAUCAGAUAAUUGUGAAUAAUCAAGGCCUUAUA